UUUCCUUCCUUGACUUGACUUGACACAAGUUCGCGGCAACGAACGGUUAUAAGUAGUUGUUUUACAUUGCCGAAAAUUCACCCCAAAAGUAAAAGGACAUCUCUGCAGGAUAUACUCGUUUGCAGAAGAAAGAUAUAUUGUUUUUUCUCUGUACAUAAAUAUACACAUGUACAUUAUACUCGUGAAUAGUUAUUUUAUCUGAUUAGUUUUUCUUUUUCUAUUAAACAACACUUUUCUACACGUAUUCCAUACCCACAAGGAAAAAGAAAGUUCCAAUUAGAUUAUCAAGUUGAAGAAGAAAGAAAAACGAAAGAAAAUCCUUACCAAUAAAAUCCCAGCCCAUCAGGAUGAGGUUCUUCUAUAUUCAAAAAGUGUGAAAAAUGAUUGUAAUGUCAGUUUGUGUGCGUGUGUGUCUGUGUUUUUUCUUCUUCACUUUUGUACCAAAAAGUGAAUGAAUAAAAUCGCAAAAUAAGCAGUGAAACAAAAUAUAAAGGUACUACCUUCCUAAAAUAAAAACCCCGGCUCAUCAGCUUCAGCAGACAUCAUCCCUCCGUUUCUGGAAAGUCAAUAUGUUCAAAAAUAAAAACGAAAGCAAUAUCGUUUAUAAGUGCACGGUACGACUUCUUGAGGACUCCGAUGUCCUCGAGUGUGAAUUUCAGCCCUUCCAUAAAGGCAGCUUUCUUAUAGAAUAUUUAUGCGAUCAACUUGAGAUUAAAGAAAAGGAUUACUUUGGCCUAAGAUAUGUGGAUACCGGCAAACAGAGGCAUUGGCUUGAUUUGGCUAAGUCGAUUAUUAAACAAGUUAAGGAUAUCGACCCAAUCUUAUUCUCCUUUCGUGUCAAAUUCUACCCAGCUGAUCCAUUUCGACUGACUGGUAGUGGUCGUCUUAUGUUAUACCAGCAGUUAAAGCGUGACUUAAGACAUGGACGACUAUAUUGUUCCAUGGGUGAAGCUGCGGCAUUAGGAGCUCUUAUUGUACAAGAGGAACUUGGUGACUAUGAUAGUGAACUUCUUGUUGGCGAUUAUGUAUCAUCAAUGCACCUAGCCCUUCGACAAACAGAUGCACUUGAAAAAAAAGUUAUGGAAUUGCAUCGAAAACGUGAACCCGGCCAAGAUGCAUCAGUGGCAAUGGAUGAAUUUAUGGGUAUUGCCAGAGGCUUAGAAACCUAUGGCAUAGAUCCUCAUCCGGUCAAAGAUCAUCGGGGCUCACAGCUUUACAUAGGUAUAAAUCAUUCGGGAAUAAGCACAUUUAUAUCCGGGAAGAGAUCACAGCAUUUUCGAUGGAAUGAAGUGCACAAGAUUAAUUUUGAAGGAAAAAUGUUUAUAGCACAUUUAAGUUACACAGAUGCCAGUAGAGAACCUAAAAAACAUACAAUAGGCUUUAAGUGUCCGUCAGGACCAGCUUGUAGAUAUGUCUGGCGAUGCGCUAUCGAGCAAAUGUUAUUUUUUACACUUCCAAAUAGCCAAAAUGCAUCGGUAGUAUCCGGUGGUGGAUUCUUUUCUUGGGGGACAAAAUUUAAGUACACUGGUCGUACAGAACGUGAAAUUCUUACAGAGAGCAUCAAUGCCCUGCGGGAACAAAAGAUGACCAAUUCGACGGCAAGCAAGCGCAAGGCGAGUAGUGUCCCUGCAACACCGUCCAGUCCGCAAGGCGACCUAGCACAAAUCCGCUAUAGCAGUUUACCGCGUUCAACAAUGUCUGAACCGUUGGGCAACUGUACUAUGGCCGCGACCACAGAUCAUUUAGGUAACAUUAUCUAUGGCCCGAUUACACAUGACGGCAUACAAAUACCACCCAGUUUGGAGCCCGUCUCUGAGGAGGCACGCCUUCGCAGUGGCUCUAAUUUGGACACUAUUAAUGGAGGUGUUGGAGCACCCGACCUUCCCGACUAUUACUUCCGUGAUUCGGUUGAACAUUCAUCGACAGAAAGCGGUCUGACGAACCCCUAUGCGGAUCCUAGUCAUCACCGUCUGCAUCACCAUACAACGAACAAACAGCAUAUGCUGUAUGCUGCCGGAGGAGGUGGUAAGCAAUACACACUACCCAAUUCCGUCAUCAACUCCAGUACUUCCAACAACAAUACAAGUAGCAAUACGACAGCAACAACAACUAAUCACGAACAAAUGCGUCAUCACCAUCAGCAAAAUGUUGCAAACGCAAAUAAUGCUGCCACUUCGAGAAGUGUACGAAAGUUUAAACUUUUACAUGCAUUUAUACCAUCGUUUAUAUUUGUUGUUGUAACAAUGGCAAUAUCGGCUGUUUUGAUAUUAGAAUCAGAAUCAGAAGUUUUCGAACGUAUACGUAAUCUACCUGAGAUGAUAAGUCUAAGAUAUCAAUACUAUCAGCCAUUAAAGGAGUUUUUUGUAAGAACUCUGGGUCGGAAAUCAUAAGAGCAGGUAGGGUGUUUGUUGAAUUUUGUUAACUUUAAUUUUAUUUUAUUUGUUUAUUAAUUUUCAAUUUUAAAUUUAAUUUACGAAGAAAAAUUUAAUUGAAUAGUUGGUGCAAUGCGAUGGUUGGGCGCCAUUUUAAAAAUUCAAUUAGUAUACUUAUCUUUAAAGGUUUUCUUCUUUAGUAGGACUUCAGGAGCUUAUUUUAUAUCAAUAUGGUCGACACGGUGCGCAGCGAAAUAUCUGUAAGCUAGUUCCUUGAAUAGAUGUAAUUUUUUUUAGUAGGUGAUCUUUUAAUCAGCCGCAAUGUCUUAUUUGAGCAAUAUUUCAAACGCUGCUGCUGUUUCAUAUUUUGUUAUUCAGUUUAGGCUUGCAUUUCAACUCUUCACUUUUUUUGUUGCAACCGAUCAGCAUUUCGCACAAAAUAUUUAUGUAUGUAUGUCCCGAGGAUGUAUUUUGAGAAGUGUCGUCAACAAAUAAUAGAGAAUAUUUAAUUUAACUUUGUUAUCCGUGUCAUAUACAUAAAUAUGGCUUUCAUAAGAGGAGGACGCUUUUGCAGCGACGCAUUAUAUCAAGUCUGAUGAUUUGUUUUUUUAGAAGGUAUUUUUUGUUUAAAUAAGUCUUAAGUAUACACGAUUGGAAGUAUACCCAUAAUGACCAAAGGGUCAAAAGUCUUCCAAUAGCACCCAGUCACGUGACAAUUAUCAAUUUUGAUUGGAUCCAAAUCAAUACAUCCUAAUAUUGGAUGACAAUUCCUUAAAAUUGUUUUCCUGGUUAAUUGGUUAGAAGACAAUAGGUUGGUUGAAAACAGCAUAAGGGACUUUUGAAGUAAACUUCGUUCUUUGAACGUACAUUUUUACUAAAGCAAACUAUGAAGUUAGUUUUUCAAGUGUCAUAAAUUCGGAACUUUGCUUCAAUAACACUGUUCAGGCAAGGUACAAUUCCAUCACGGUUUGUAUUUCGUAUUUUAAAGUGUAAUAUUGUUGAUUUAUUUUUAAAUAUAACUAGAAACCCUUUUACACAAAAAAAUAAAUGGAAUUGUGGAAAAGUCCAUAUUUGAAAGAAUAAUAAAGUUCAGCUUUCAAUUGAAUGAAAAAACUAUCAUUUUGACAUUAUAUGGGCUUAACUUGAUAGUUUAGGGAGAUUUUUAUUGACUAAAUUUCCAGUCAACUUUCCAAUAAAGUUGUUUUAUUUGGAAGGGAUUUUUUUCGCUUUCGGACAAUUAGAUACUAGAAACUUGCCUUACUUUCAAGUUCAUUAUGCCAACUGAACCUGCCACAUUUUCACAGAGAAUAUGAACAUUAUUUUCGAAGGUAAAACAACAAAAAAAAUUGAAAAAUAAAAAAUAUCAGUUUGGUCAUGCGUUUAAUGCCUCUCAAGUUUUUUGUAUGACUUAUUUCGUUAUUUUGUCAGACAGUGACUUUUUAUUUCCUUCCGUUUUCGUAGUUUUUAAAAUUCUUCUAAAAUCCUAUAAGUUGUUGCUGUUCCUGCAAUUGAAAAUUGUAUGAACAACAUUCAAUAUCGAAUCAAUGAACAACUAUCCAAUCUUUGGAAAAUACAAAUAAGUGUCUGUAUUGACCAGUUCGAACGAAUGCAAGAAGUCGGCCAAUUUGUUGACAGAUAUUGGCCAACGCUUGGCAGUUAAUUUGUUUUAUCACUGACAGAUAAAAUUGGGUGUUUAUAUGCUUGAUAAAAAUCGUGAAUACUAAACUUUAGUGAGGAAAAAUGAAAUGUCAAAACUUUCUUGUCAGUACAAAUCCCUGCAAUCAAACGUCGUAAAAAGAAAGAAAGCCUCUUUAUACAUUUCUUGUACUUGUAUAAAAAUAAAAAUGCCUGUACAUACAGAACUCAUUCGACAAUCGAUUAAAUUUUCAGUUAGCGGUCACUGAAUAAAAUGGAAAUUGUUAUUCUAGGAAAUGUCAAAACUUUGAUGUUAACCUCUGUAAGGGUAUAUGCAGGUUAUCGAAAUGGUACACAUAAAUACAUAACGUAAUUAUUCAGCCCUAUCAUGAAUUCCAUCGUAAUCGGAAAUUUUUACGAAUCCCGAAAAACUGUAUCAUGAAAUCCGUUCGUAAUACAAAAUUGUAUGAGA